CUUAAUCUCUAGAUGGUCAUUCUACACGUCAAAUAGCCAUGCCAGCUGACAGAGCUGGAUACACAUUGUCCCUCUUCGCAAUCGAUGUGUCGCCAUCCAUGGGGGGAGAGGUGGUGGAUCCGGAGAGUUUCAAGAAGACGACCAAGUUGGCUCUGGCGCAGGAAUAUGUGGCUAGAAGGUGUGUGCCCAAGAUCUCCAGCGGGCGCAAAACAGAAGCAGUUGGAUUAUUGUCAUUCGGUGGUAAAACGAACAAUCAAGCACAUAACGACUACACGGCCAAGAAUCCAGAAGAUGACGAUCCAAUGUAUGCUCACGUAGCUUGUGAUGUCGCUAUACAGACUGCUAGACCUAAGAUUGUGGAGACGGUGAUGAAUGUGGAAGUGGGAGAGCACGAGGGGAAUCCUAUUUCCGCACUCAUGGUCGCACUCGACAUGAUACAAGUUCACAAACACACCAAAAGUUGGGCUCUCGAGGUCAUCCUCAUUACGGAUGGCGAGAGUAACUUUGAUCAAGGCGAGUAUGAGGAUGCCAUGGACCGAUUUGACGAUAUGGGAGUUCAAUUGAAUGUGCUGGGUAUCGGCUUUGACCCUCUCACGUCGCCAGUGGACAAGACAAAGUCCCGCGCCAAGCGAUUGUCCGAGAAAUUCUGGCGCAUUUUCAUUGAAAAAUUGCACGAACGUAUCUCCUCCACAACUUCUUCCGAAGAGAUCCUCCCCACAAUCGGUUUAUUCGAAGAAGCUCUGGCCGAAGCUCGUAUGCCCAGACCCACCACAGUGAACAGUGCUGUUUCUCCCAUCGAUCUCAAAAUAGGGUCUCCCGAUGUGGAUCCGGAACAGGCAAUCAUCAUACCGAUCAAAUACUCCAAAGCGACAAUGAAAGCCCGACCUCCCAGUUUAUCAAAAGCUUGGAAACCCGCCAUGGACCUUCAAGUGCCCAUGUACAAUAACGUCUAUCAAAGUGGUCCGAGCCAGCUAGUAUCGAGUUUUCAAGCGUCACAGGGUAGUAAAAUUGACCCUACCGAGUUGGCAGGUAUGAUCUCGGCCGAUGUGAAAGCGCAUAGUACGUAUGUGGUCAAACGGCAAGAGCCACCAGCCGGUACUCAAGUGCAACCCAGUCAUGAAACGAGAGCUCAAGGAGAGGGGGAUGUGGCACAGCUAGAAGAUGGACACGAAGAGGAGAUGGUAGCGAAGGAAGAUAUUGUCAAAGCUUGGAAGUUCGGUUCCACAUGGGUACCCAUGGAGGCAGAUACGUUCGAGCCGUUGAAUACUACGAAGGGUGUGGAGAUAUUGGGCUUCUUUCCUCGUGAAGCGAUCAAAAGACACUUGCUUAUGGGAGAAGUCAGGUUCAUAUGGCCCGAUUUGACAUCUCCCAAGGCACAGCUGCAGUUUUCUUCGUUGGUCGAGGGAAUGUAUCUCCGAGAAAUGUGUGCGGUAGUGAGAUGGGUAUUGAAAGACCAGUCGGAUCCGAUCAUCGGGGCUUGUGUACCGGAGUUUAAUUAUCCUGGGGAGGAUAAACGAUUGGAUUACAUGUUCUGGUGUCAGCUGCCCUUUGCAGAGGACGAGCACAAUUUCUGGUUUCCUUCUUUGACAGACUACAAGACUUCUUCCGGAAAAGUCAUCACAGAACAUCCUCUCAUCCCCACUCAAGAUCAGUGCGACCUGAUGGACGACUUUGUCCAAUCCAUGGAUCUAGACAUCUACGCAAGGUCUCUUGCCAAAACAUCUACAUUGAAUGCAGGAGAGGAAGGAGACGAAAAACCAGAUUUGGAUGUUGAAGUCGUACCGUGGUUCGAACCGGCUCGAGCUUUCAACCCCGCCAUACAUCGAAUCAAAGAAGCGAUAUUUCAUGCUUCUUUGACUCAAGAUCUAGAGAAAGAUCCAUUAGGUCCGCCUCAUCCUGAAUUGGUGAAAUAUUUCGAUCCACCCGAAGAACCCAUACAUGCCAGUGCCAAGAUCACUACAAAGCUGAAAGAGGUGUUGGCGGUGAAGAAGGUUCCUCCUAGACAACGUAAGAAGGUAGUGAAAGAAGGUUUGAGGGAAGAAGAGGGCUAUAUCGACAUAGAUGAAUUAUUCGACGAUCCAUCUCUUUCUCAAAAACCAAAAGUCGAACCUGCUACCCCACAAAAGCUUAAACCCGAACCUAUAUCUCCACUCCAAUUAAAAGCCAAGCAUAACGAAAGUCAAAAUCAAGAACCUUCACCCCGAUCUCAACCAAAGAAAGGCAGAUUGGUAUCUAAUCAAACUCCUUUGGAAGAUUUCAACGCUCUCAUAGAAGGUGAAGGGGAUGUGUUUAGGAAAGCUAUUCAGGAUUUAGGUGAAGUGGUGAAGGAGAAUGUUACGGCUAGUUUCUCCAGAUCAGCUUUCCCUCUAGCUUUGGAAUGUUUGAAAGCGAUCAGACAGACAGCUUUGACGUAUGAAGAGGUGGAUACGUAUAAUGAAUAUAUCGAAGAACUGGAAGAAUACGUCAAGGCGCCUGGAUUCAAGCAUAAAGACUUUUGGGAACAUUUCGAAAAAGAAGGGAAAGAAGUUUCAAAGAUUUCACCUGAAGAAGCUAAAGCGGCUUUGGAAGGGUACGAUUAA